UCUUCCUCCUCCUCAUCAGCAUGUGGGAGUGCUCUACUGCCGCUCUCAAGUCUUAGCACAACUGCUGAGCACCCAGGCACCACACUGUGUCCUGGAAGCUGUGAGAAACACAAAAGCUCUCGAUACACACACACACACACACACACACAAUUGCGUACACAUACUUGCUCACUCACCCUUUGCAUGCUCCAACACAAUGGAUGUCAAAGUGCUGGCAGUGGUGGUGUUUUUGACAGUAGCAAUGAGGGAUUCACAGACUGAAGCCAAGCCCAUCAGCCUGGUGGAGCGCUGCUGGUGCCGCGCAACCCUCCACACCGUGCCGCAAAGGAGCAUCCGCGAGAUUAAGUUCCUCCACACGCCCAACUGCCCCUUCCAAGUAAUUGCCAAGCUGAAGAACAACAGGGAGGUCUGCAUCAACCCCAACACCAAAUGGCUGCAACAGUACUUGAAGAACGCCAUUAGCAAGAUAAGAAAAUCGAAAAAGCGCAACAACUAAACACAGAGGUGUGAGGAGAGAGGGUGUGGGCUUCUGACUUCUGCAGAGAUACGUACCACAUGUUUGCCUCUCACUCACACACUCUCUCUCACACACACACACACACACACACACACACACACACUUAACCUGUCCAUCUGUGGACUGCUUGCACAAACAGCACUUCGCUUAAAACGCCUUUCAUUCUGCACGCAGCCAGCACUACAGCUCAUCAGAACCAACACCACAACCACCCACCCACACCCACAGCACCACUGUGCCAGACGCUUUGAGACUUUUCAUUCUGAUGCUGGUGUGCUGCAGAACUGAGUGAUUGUAUAAGAGCAAAAAGGUAGCCAUCAGUUAGUGUUUGCAAGAGACAUAUUCAAGGGGGGGGGUCAGAGAGAUAGACAGACAUGCAUCAUACCUGCAGCUCUUAAAUUUGUAAUGUUAACCUAUGAUCAGCUUUUGCUAUUUAGUCCCAGAUGACCAGACCCGUAACCUCAGAAAGGAGCUGAUCCUGGAUCAGCCGUCCUUCUCCCUCAUGCCUGCAGGGACUGCUUGGAUUCUGGGUGCUAAGAGCACAUCUGCAUGCUGACAGAUGGCUCAGCUGCGCCCCCUACAGGGAGACAGAUCCCAUGCUACAAAUGCACUGCCAAAAACAGAAGCAGACUCGAGUGGGCAAAGCUUUCUACAACCUGAUCUCCUCAUGUUAAAUCACAUUAGUAGUCUUUUUUUUUUUUUCUUCUUCAAAAAGUUGCUUUAAGCUCAAAUGCUAGAUGUAACAAAUUAAAGAUUUUUUAAGUCAAUAUUAGAAAGUCAGUCCCUUAUCUCCACAUUCAUGGCAAACCAGGUAGCGAGCUGAACCAAGACUGAGCCGCUACUUUGAGACUCAUGACACAAAUAUCUUGCUUUGCUACAGCGAUGCACUGACGGAGUCAGCCUUAUGUUCUGUUAUUUCGGUUUGUUUUUGUUUGUUUGUUUUGUUGUUAAUUACAUGCAUGUCUGCAACAAUGCAACUUUCACAUCAAUGCAAUCACAUCUUGGCAGCUGAAACCUUGGUAUGGAACACGUGUCAGUACUGUCGCCCUCCUCACAAGCAGAGCCUGCAGCCCGCUGACUUUCUGCCACAGGUCAAAUUGUUGCCAUGUUGAUUUUCUUUCUGUUCUAGUUUCAUAACAGCUGGAUCACCAAAAGAAAGCAUUUCUACGCCUCCAAGCAAAUUAAAUUAGUUUAUAUUUCAUGAUUAUGUAGAUGUGCUCUACAGAUGUCAAACUUUUUAGUGAUCCAGCAUUUCAGUUUUGUAUUACGGAUGCAUUAUAUUUUCUGUGAAUGUUAAGCUCCCAUGUACUAAUCGGCCACCCGGACUUCACACGGGAACAGUGGAAAAAGGGGACCAAAUAUUACCUAAAUAUUAACCUAUGAAAAACUGUAAAUAUUCCGAGUAUUUGAGAACCUGUUUAGAACGAGGUGUUUAGAAUGUUGGACAGCCAUUUCUGUAAUGACGAAAAUGUGUAAAGCCCUUUCAGUGCUUAACGUUUCCCUGAAUGAUGCGGCAGGCGCUCUCCUACUGAGCCACUCAGCUAUGAUUCUGAAUUAAUUACUCAUUGAGGGAUUUAUUUUUGUGUCGUUUUAUUGUAUAAUCUAAUUAUGAACACAAGGAACUGUAUGAAGAAAUUGUUCAGAGAGUAUUAUAGGCUUGGGCACAGGUAACAUUUCAUGUUAAUGUUUAUAUUAAUACUAAUAAUCACUUGGAAUGUCAUUCUGUAUACUAGAAGGAAAAAUCAAAUGCCGCAUCUAAAUGUAAAUAAUUACAAAGGAACAUUAUAAAAGGGUUGAUGGUUGGACACAUUAAAAACAACAACAACAAAAAGCAUUUUGUUUAGUGUGCCACAGUGGAACAGUGUUAUUACCAGUGGACUGCCAGCUAAUGCACAGCUACACUUUUAAAUUCCCCCUUUAAUGGUGUAAUUAUGUUGAAAAAGAAAGAAAAAAGUUAAUAUGUGGGUUUGAUUUCUGAGGGACUGGGAGGCUUCUGAAAGAGCCAAAACAUGCUUGUUAUCAGGCUACUCCAGCAAGCACUUGACUGCUGUGCCUUUUCUUGCUGUGUAUUAUUUCCUGUGUUGCUAAAAAGGGCCUGGCGUGGCUGUGCAGAGGGUGUUUCUGCUCCAAGCGCCGAGGCCAACGGCCGCAGAAAGCCACAACGUACCUGAUUCAUACCCUGUUUUUGUUGUAGUUAAUUACAGAUAGUGUUCUUAGGAAUAAUGUACUGGCAUUUUUUUUUAAAGCCUCACACAAGGAACUGUGGGAAACAGCUAUGACCGUGGGGUCAAAUCCCAGAAAUCAAGGGCUCUUUCAUUUCAGCCAAAUCAACACAGAAGUGCAAUCUUGCACUUUUAAUUCACUGAUAGAGUUUGACACAGAUUUUGAGUUCACCUUGAUUCAUUUUACCGUCUGAGUUAGCCUUGACGUGACGGAACUGACCCCAGACCAGGACAUGGCCUGUAAAUCCCCUUUUCCUAACGUGAACCUGAAGAGGUGCUAUAGAAAUCGUUAUCGUUCUCCCCAGACAAUGUGAAUCAGGAUCUGGAGCAGCUCUCUGCGUCCGCAUCUUCCUGUAGAAUGUUUUUGUUCUUAUACAUCUAUACGCUCACAGUUUGUAAUAAUGAAUUGAGAUGAAUAUAUUUAGUCACAUUUUCCAAUAAAGGUAUUGAAAACCAAAAA